AUGGCUCACAACGCGGUGGAGAGAAAGCGGAGAAGGCAGAUGAAUGAGCAUCUCAAGCUCCUGCGCUCCCUAACCCCUCGCUUCUACAUCAAAAGGGGGGACCAAGCAUCGAUCAUAGGUGGAGUGAUAGAGUUCAUCAAGGAGUUGCACCACCUGCUUCAAGUCCUGGAAUCCAACAAACAACGGCGCCUGAGUUUGAGCCCUGCAAGUAGCCCUAGCCCUCGGCCAAUGUUGCAGCUAAUGCCUUCUACUGCUGAUCAUUAUAGUAACCCAUUUCCACCGUCAUCAUUAAAGGAUCAGACGUACUUGCUAGGUUCAUGUUGCAACUCCUCCGUUGCUGACGUGGAAGCCAAGCUAUCCGGAUCCAAUGUGGAGCUGAAGGUGAUCUCGAGGCGGGUUCCAGGUCAGGCAGUGAAGAUCGUUGCUACGCUCGAGAUGCUGUCGUUUGAUGUCCUUCACUUCAACAUCAGCAGCAUGGAUGACACUGUCCUCUACUCCUUCCUCCUCAAGAUAGGGUUGGAAUGUGGGGUGAGCAUGGAGGAGCUUGCAGUUGAAGUCCACCGCACUUUCUUCUCUCCACCGCCAAUUACAGCUGCUGCUGCUGGUCGUCGUCAUCAUCAUGACAUUUACCAGAAUGAGCUACUUUAA